GUGUCUCGUCAAGCCACGCUCCGUGCAGUCAACAGUGCUCCGUGCUCAUCUCAUUCAUCGGCCAAGUGAUUGUUUGCCCGCCCCGCGAACAGUGUGAGAAAAGUGAAAAGUUGUUGAAGCAAAGUUUGCCAAGAAUAUACAAAAUGGUUGCUCGCGUCUGUGCUACACUGCUGCUGGCCCUGGCCAUGUUCGGAAGCUGCGCGCUGGCCCGUCCGGGAUACGCCGUUGAUUAUUAUGAUCAUCCCAAGUACGCGUUCAACUACGGUGUCGCGGACCACAGCACCGGGGACGUGAAGUCGCAACACGAAACUCGUGACGGAGACGUCGUAAAGGGACAAUACUCUCUGGUUGAGCCGGACGGUUCGGUGCGCACCGUCGACUACACCGCCGAUCCGAUCAACGGAUUCAACGCGGUAGUGUCGAAGACGGCCCCGCUCGUCCACGCACACGCCCCCGUCGUCAAGCACGUCGUCCCGGCAGUGAAGGCCGUCCAUCACCACGUGCCAGCCGCUCCCGUCGUACAGAAGGUCGUCUAUGCUCACGAACCACUCCUUCACGUUGCCAAGACGGCCCACUACACCGAGCACGCUCCGGCCGUACACUACGGAGAUUACCACGAUGGAUACUACGGCCAUUACGACGAUAGCCACUACUACUAACAAUCUCAUCGAGGAUCGUUUCGUUGGGGUUGGUUGCUUUAGGCGCAGAAUCAUCACCGAGAGAGCGAGAGAGAGAGAGAGAAAAUAACUGCUAGCAAUCGACAGCGUUAAGGUGCCUUAUCCCGAUCGAUGGUGCCUGGGGCUUCAGCAAAACAACCCGCCACAACGAUAACACCCUACCACGACACUCAUCUUACACGUUUCACAUUUACACCCUCCACAACCAGUAUUGCAUAAAUGCAUUAGUUUGUAUCAUUAGAUGCGUAAGUCAAUCGGCAGGAGAUGCGAGACGAAGGAGCAGGAAGAAAAGCCGCAUGUAAAUAAUAAUAACGAAGAUGCUGUUGAUAUCUGCCUCUUAAACAUU